AGGACUCAGAUAUUCAUGGUGUGGCAUAUUGACUGAUAUCCUAGCAGCUCAAGGAUGACAACGGGUAAGGAGGAUAUAGGCCUACUAAGGGGCCACGAACAUUAUCUGAGAUACCUGUUUCUUUUGGAAGAAGCUGUGCCAGUUGCUUUGAAAGCAGUGAUAGAAAAAGAAGUCAAAAAACGCGGGAGAAAUUUUGCUAGUCUAGUAGUAGAGAAGAAGGACAUUUUCAACAAGCACUACAACGCAGUGUGUCUUCAGUUGUUUGAAAACGAUGAAGCGAAUGCAAACAUUGAUGUUUUGGAUACACGCUUGCUUUGUGUUGUAGCAUUGGUCCUAUUUGAGUCUGACUUAGACAGUAUUAAGCUUGAAGCAAUAGCCUGCAUACAAGACCAGAGGAAAGACCUAGAUAACUAUGCCCACUCUGCUGCGCUAAACUACAACACGUUCAAGACAAAAUGGGAUACGUUACAUUUGAAAUUACUUGAGCUCGUCAAAGAUAUUGAUGAUGAGGGCAGAUUCAUUUGCAAUCGGAAGAUUUAUUGUUUCAAAUCCGAAUCUAUCAGAGUUGAUUCCGGUCUGAUCAACAAAAUGAAACAGACGAGCGAUGUCAGUGAGCAUUUUAAAAUAGCCAAACAAGACAAAAUUAUCACAGAAACAGAUGGGGAAAAUGGCGCCACUGUGGCUGAAAAGGAAAACAAAAUACCAAAAUAUGACAAUCCAGUAUUUACAGAAAUGCUUCAGGACACAUGUGUCUUUCUUGAUGAACCAGUCAUUCUUACGUGCAGACUCAAUGUUUCUGAGAAAACAGUCAAAUGGCGACAUGAAUACAAACCUGUAGAAGAAACCGACACUGUAGCUGUAGUUAACAAAAAAUGUGCCCACUGGCUAGCAAUUUCUCAUGCAAAGUUGGAAGAUGCAGGGAAUUAUUUGUGUGCAUGUGGUAAUUCUUCAACAUCGGCUUAUCUGAAAGUUUUAGAAAAACCGUUGAAAAUAACCAAAUGUCUGCAUGUAGCUACACCAGAAACAGAUGUCAGAGAGAAUAUGGAUAUUGUUUUAUCUUGCGACGUCAACCGCUACACGAAUAAAGCUGUCUGGCGGCAUAAUGGCCAAAAUAUUAAACCUUGUAAUAGACGAGUUGUUUCCAUAGAUUACUUAGAACACAGACUGACAAUCCGGAAUGCAAAAUUUGAGGAUGAGGGUUAUUACACAAUUGACUUUACUGAUGACAAAUCAAGUUUAGAAUUGAUAAUUAACGGCAACAGUCUUUCACACAGGAAACAACUUGCAGAAGAACUGUAUAGAAAUUGGGUCAGAGGUGCAUCCGGUCUGAAAUAUUUGAAAGUCGGUCUAGAAAGGUUUUCCGAUACUACUGUAAGAAAACAUCACUCUGAAAUUUUGACGAGGCUUCCGACCAAUGCAAACGCCUGUACAAACUGUACAGAGAAAUUGCUCCUCCCAUCACACGCAAAGGGAAAUUGUCCAAAUAAAUCAAAGUGUCUUUGUUCGACGAAACCACAUAACAGGAGACCUUGUCCUAAUGGAGGCUUCUGUAGUGCAUUUCACGAUCAAAUGCUUUAUGAUCAUCGAUUCCAUGAUCCGUUACUAAAGAACACGGACAUACAAAAGUGGAGCAGCGAUCCUUGGAGUGUUGCGACAUGUUAUAUCAGUACUCCAGGCUACAAAGGCAAAACGUCAGCGAAAGAUGUUGACUGUGCAGGAUUGCUGUGCAUAUUCAUCAACAACACCUUCUUCCAUACAAGUCUUGGUGACGUCUCAAUAGAUGGAAAAACAGAUUUAUUUAAACAGGCGAGGGAAGCACGUAAUGAUAUUCUUCACAAUGCAAACUAUGAGCUGUCUGAAGGUCAACUCCAUGAUUAUAUAGACUUGUUUAUUAAAACACUUGAGAUCAGAGACAUUAAUGAAAGAAGUCCAUUGUCCAACCAACGAGAUGUUCAAGAAGCAAUUAACACCUUGAAUAAGUUAAGGGACAAACAGAUCGAAGUUCACAUUUCCGAAGAUCUUCAAAGGCAGAUAAGCGACUUGCGUGAGCAUGCCAUGAGUGAAUUAGCGAAUAAUGUUCAAAAUGCAAUGGAACAGAAUCACACUAAAGUACAGCUGCUAGAGGAAAAGUUAAAAAAGACUGAAGAAGAACUUCAGCUGAUGAAUGACCUCAGGUCGACACAGAUAAAAAGUAAAGAAUCAAAGCCUUUCGAACUGGAGUUACAUAUAAGAGCUGUUGGACCAACGAGAGAGACAAGUACUAAAGGAAAUCAACGGAUAUACAAAAGCAUGAACGAGUAUACUAACACUCUCAGUACUGAUACAGAUACGACUGUACAUUCUACUGACCAAUGCGUUCACCGCCUUUUUGGUUACAUUAAUACCAUUGAAGACUGUAAAAUCAUUGAUGUGUUGAACUCAGACGUUUCUGUCAACAUAAAGAUCCAUUGCUUUUCUUGCAAGGCCAUUGCAGAUUUUCUUGAGUCAAUCAAUGGAAAAGAGUUUCUUAAAGAAACAGUUAUGCUAAGAAAAUCUUUAGAGAUGCAGGAACACAUAAAUGUGCAAGAUGUUAUAGUCAGCUGCUCGUCAGAAAGUAUAGGAAUGACCAGAAAGCGUCUAGAUGAAUCAGAUAGUGUAGCAAAGGAACGGCCGAGCAAAUUUCCACCACUAAAGAUGUUGCGAAUGCGCCGAAUAAAAAAAGAACUGAAGGAAGAUUUGAUAGCUCUCUACAGGAAAAAGGACAAUACCCUACCUCUGUCGCCUUUAUUUGAAGAAAACGACACGCCUCUACUUAAGUUUUACGUCAUGCCAGACAUAUACGUCAUGCCAGACAUAAAUUCAAUUGAAAUUCAAAUCGCGCCUGGAGAAGAAGUUAAAUCAAAGCUUACGUCAUUGCGUGAUGUGUUCUACAAGGAAAGUAAACCAUGUCAUGAAAUUUACCUUACUGCGGAUGCUGGGUUUGGGAAAACAGCGUUAAGUAAACGGCUCGUUUUGACGUGGUGUCAGGCGAAAAAAUGUAUUCAAACUGAAGAAAAAUACUUUGAAAAGGAAGCUAUUAGUGCCAUGUCAGAGUUUAAGUUUGUGUUCUUGUUGGCAUUACGUGAUUGUUCCGAAGAAUUCGACAUUGAUGAAAUGAUCAUAAAACAAAUAAUUCCACAGCUGAGAAACCCGUCUGUAACUAUAAGAGACCUGGAAAUUAUUCUUUCUAAGGAAAAAUGCCUCGUAAUACUCGAUGGAUUAGAUGAGUGGAGAGCGCCUGCCUGUCAACGAGGAAAAAGUGACAUUCCACACAGGAAAGUUAGGGAAUGUACAAUCCUCACAACAACCAGACCGUGGAAGCUGGGCGUUAGUAAGAUACCUUCAAGUGAAAUAGAGCGAAAAUUGGAAAUUAUCGGACUAAGUAAAACGUCUGCUAAAAGUUUAAAGAGGAGUGUGAUCUCACUACUGCGUGGUAAAACUGACCUAGAAAAACACAUUCAAGACUUUGAUCGCGCUAUCAGUGAUAGAGGCAUUUCGAAUUUGGAAACUAUUCCGCUCUUACUGAUGUAUCUUUUGUGUUUAUGGUGUGAUGGAAUAGAGUUAGGAACAUGUAGAACUGAGUUAUACUGUCAAAUUGUUGAACUACUCUUAAAACGAACGCUUGAAAAACAUCCGGAAAUGCAACAGUUGCGCGAACCAUCCCAGAGUGAUAUCCCACAAUGCUUCAGUGAACAUGAACAUUCUAAGAAACAUUACAUACUUCUGAAGGCUUUAGGACAAUUAGCAUUUGAAGCGUUAUUCAGUGAAACAAUGGAGAGCACUCUUGUGUUUAGCCAGUCAAUGACAGAACAACACCUAACGCAAGAGUAUUUGAAAUUAAGUCUUGCCUCGGGACUAUUAACACAAAGUACAGAAAAGACAUUUACAAAACAAAUUUCUAAAUAUUCGUUCUCGCACAAAACAGUGCAGGAAUUUUUUUGUGCACUGUACAUUAGCUGUCAAAAUGAAAGUGAUGUCAAAGAAAUCUUUCUGAAGGAAUGUAAAAGUUUGCAAAGUAUUCUAGACAUGUCGACAGUGCUAGUUUUCAUCAGCGGAAUGAAUGCAGAGACCAUUUCUUCAAUAUCUCGUAAUUUCAUGUCAGUGAUCAGUGAAGAUACGAGAACGAGCGAAUACAGAACUACGACUGAUGAGGACUGUAGACCUCUGAAAGACAUACAAGACAUGUACAUUUCUUGUAUGAAAGAAAACACGAGUGAUAAAGAACUCAAAAUUUGCUGCCAAGAUUUUUUCUUUAGUGAAGAUUGUAUAGAAAUAAAAUACUUUAAGCAUCUAGCACGGCUCGCGGUACACAAUAAAACAAACAUGGCGUCAAUAAAUAUCAACACAUACAGUGGUCCUAGUUUACGUGAAAUUUUCCAUUGUUGUGCAUUGCACGAACUGUUCCAGAUCAAUAAAAUAUACUACCAGGGUUUCCUAGUACAGCCGCUACUUCCUGUACUGUUUAACAAGUCGCCGAAAUGUCUCACUGUUAGUCCGCCUCGUCUAUUUGGUUCUUGGAGCAGUGAAAUGUGGGAAACAUUACAGAAUAAUUCUCUGUUACAAGCAAUUUAUAUCUGCAGUUUCAAGAUGAGCCACGAUGUACUGAAUGAGUUUCUGAAUUAUAUUAUAAACAGAAAAACAAUGACGGAGAUUAUAUUGGGGGACUUAGACUGUACCGAGCACUACAGGUCGUGUAGUUACAGUUUAGAUUUUAGUCAGCAUUCAGAUCUAAGGACGUUAGCAUUGGACAGGAUACCUGAAGUGUCACAAUUGAAAGUUAAUAGUCAAGUGGAACACGUGAAGUUGGGUUGGAUCAAUCUAGGUGAAAUGUCGCUGCCUUCUGGAAUGGGAAAUAUUAAACAUGUUGAUUUGUCGCAGGUAAACAUGUCUGCUUCAACAUUACGUGAUCUCGUUAAGGUAGUGGAGAAACUUUCACACAAAGUCACAGUAACAAUAGACGUGUGUAAGAUAGAACCGGAAACAGAGUUUGAACAGGUUAAACAAUAUAUACGCUCAUCUCAGAAUCUCCGAGUUACGGCGGGUGAUAGCUGGCGGUUUUUGGAGGGGUUUGGGGAGUUUGUGUUUGAAACAAAAGUUGAAAGUUAAGUUACUAAAUAAACUCAGACUGAUAGUGUCAGUGUAUAUAAACAUUAUUCAUUCAAAAAAUGUUACUAUAAAUCAUUACACGAUGACAUAUGAGACACGUUCUUGCGCUGCCAAGCUCUGGAACUUCUUUCCUCAACAUUUUAGAGACGAGUCGAACCUAAAUCAGUUCCGGAGCUUGAUCAGUGCUUGGAACGGACAGAGUUGCCGCUGUUCUUGUUGUGCCAACAAUGCAUAACUGUUGCUACUGUAUUUAUGCCAAUGCUUCUUAUGUACUGCAUGUCGUUUGUUUUGUUUACUGUUAACUUCAAUACAUAGCUUUCCAAUUGCAUACUUCAGCAUGCCGUUGUUUAUUUGCUCUGCUAGCUUAUAGUUGUGCUAGAUACCAAUUAUAUGCUUAUGUAUUUUGCAACCGGUAAUUGCUUUUGUUCUUUGCUUAGUUUGCAUGUUUCUGUUUAAAUUGUAUAUGAUUUAGUUUGCAUUUUUACAGAAACUAUUUAAUAUAUUACCUGGGAGAUAGGUGCUAAUCAGGUCUCUUUGAAUCUGAUUCAAGGUGAUAUUUGAUUUUUGAAGACAUUUUUUAGCUGGUGCACUCUUGUGUUUAUAUUAAUUUUUUCAGAAUUUUACUGAUUAGAUUUUAAUUUAUUUUUAGACUUUGGUCAAGAUUAGCACAAACCUCUCAGCUUUUACAUUGUAUAAUUUGAAGUCCUGCAGUUGUAUUAUGUAUAAUGUGCUUUUAUGCUUGAUAAUUCAUGUGCUUUUCUAUGUGCUUAUUUGUUUGUAUUGUAAUGUGACUGUUAUUUGUUAAGUCGGCUAAUAGCUAUUCAUAGCUAAUGUUAUUAUUGUUACAACCCGACUAUAAAUAAAAAUUUGUAUCUUGUA